AUGCCAGGAGGAGUAUUCAAGAUAUCACCGGGGGUACAGUCGUACGAUUGGGGUAAGAAAGGCUCGGCGUCUCUUGCGGCUCAAUUCGCCCAGACGUCAGUCAAAGGUUUCCAGAUCGAUGAUAACAAGACUUAUGCUGAGCUUUGGAUGGGUACACAUCCUAAUGUACCAUCAAAGCUCGAAAACGACCAACUCCUCUCAGACCAUCUCAAAUCAAACCAUCAUUUGAUAGGAGAUAAAGUAUCAACUAAAUUUGAAGAUACAAAAGAAGGCGCUCUACCAUUUCUUUUCAAAGUGUUGAGUAUAGGUACAGCGUUGAGUAUACAGGCCCAUCCUGACAAGGCUCUGGCGAGAAAGCUUUUUGAUGAGCGGCCAGACGUCUACAAGGAUCCAAAUCACAAACCAGAAAUGGCAAUUGCUCUCACUCCUUUCUUAGCAUUCCUCAACUUCCUUCCUCUACCCAUACUCUUGCUCAACCUACUCAGCGUGGACGAGCUUAAACCUCUUAUCCCUUCCGAGCUCGUCACAUCACUUGCUUCAUCACUUACACUGCCUACUACUCGACCGCCCGACGCAUUCUUAUUCCAACCUAGCAUCUCAUCGCCCUCAACUGAGCAGAAAAAGAUACUGAAGGAUAUAUUCAAAGAGUUGAUGUCGGCGGAUGAAGAUCUGGUCACUACUGCUGUUAGAAGUUUAGUUGAGAGGUAUAAGAAGGGAGAUGAUGUAUUAGAAGCUGAGAAGUCUGUCGCGGAUCUAGCGAUCAUGCUUAACGAACAGUAUCCUGAUGAUGUGGGAGUUUUAUGUGUCUUCUUUCUGAACGUGGUGGAGCUGAAAAAAGGUGAAGCUGCUUUCUUGGAAGCUAAUUCGCCUCACGCAUAUAUCAAAGGAGAUAUCAUCGAAUGCAUGGCCACUUCCGAUAAUGUGGUACGAGCAGGACUCACACCUAAACUUCGUGAUGUGCCUACGUUAGUAGAGAUGUUGACAUAUGAAGCUGGACCUGGAAACAAGCAAUUACUCAAGCCGACUUCAUUUGGUGAAGACGAUUCUACCAAAUUGUACGACCCACCAAUCGAAGAGUUCUCUGUCCUUCGCGUCGAAUUGGCACAUGGCGAGAAGACGUCUCAUGAAGCGAUUGAGGGUCCUUCUAUCGCUGUCGUCACCGAAGGUAAAGGAGUUGUAGGAAGUGAUGGGGAUGAGUUGGACUUUGAACGAGGCGAUGUCAUAUUCAUUGGAGCUGGCGAGCAAGUCGACUGGGAAGCGAAGGAGAAACUGGAAAUCUUCAGAGCUUUCGUAGAAGCUUAG